AAUAGGAGUUGUAGGCCCAACAAAAAAUGUUAGUCCCGUGUAGGUGGCACGUCUUCGUCCUCACUCACUCACCAACGGCUUCAGAACCAGAUUCAGAUCUACGAUAAUGAAUGAUAACAUGUUAAGAUCGGAAUAGGAACCCCUUACAUUCUCUACAUUCCGAAGAAAACCGUUCAGUUUCCCCCUUCCCACAACAAUGGCCAUGGCCAAAAUGCGACCAGCAUUGUCCCUUCUCCUCCUCCUCUUCCUCUUCCUCCUCUCCCCCUCCGCGGCGGAGAUAAAGUCCCUGAAGAUAAACUCCGACACCCGCCCCAUGAUCCUGUUCGAGAAAUUCGGGUUCACCCACAAGGGCCACGUGUCCAUCGCCGUCUCCUCGGUCUCCGUCGGCGUGCUCUCCUCCGCAGUGCAACCAGAAUCCUCGCGCCUGGGUUUCUUCCUCCUGAACGAAGAAUCCCUCCUCCAGGUCCUGAUGGAGAUCCAGCAGAACCCUUCGUUCUGCGUCCUGGACUCCCACUACAUCCUCCUCCUCUUCACCUUCCGCGACCUCUCCCCUCCCCCCGUUGCCUCCUUCAACCGCUCCUACCCCGUCACCUCCCCCAACGAAUACUCCCUCUUCUUCGCCAACUGCGCCCCCGAAACCUCCGUCACCAUGUCCGUCCACACCGAAGCCUACAAUCUCGACGCUGACGGUUCACGCGACUACCUCUCCGCCGGCCAAACCCUCCUCCCUUCCCUCUACUUUCUCUUCUUUUUAACCUACCUCUCCUUCUUCUCCUUCUGGCUCUACAUCUGCUACACCAACAAACUCUCCGUUCACCGCAUUCACCUCUUAAUGUCUCUCCUUCUUCUCAUGAAGGCUUUGAAUCUAAUCUGCGCCGCUGAGGAUAAGCAUUACGUCAAGGCCACCGGCCUCCCUCACGGAUGGGAUGUUCUCUUCUACAUCUUCCAGUUUAUCCGCGUCGUUUUGCUCUUUACUGUCAUCGUUUUGAUAGGGACAGGAUGGUCUUUUCUCAAACCGUUUUUGCAGGACAGGGAGAAGAAGGUGUUGAUGAUUGUCAUCCCGCUUCAGGUUCUCGCCAAUUUGGCUUCCGUUGUGAUCGGGGAAACAGGUCCUUUCAUCAAAGACUGGGUUACUUGGAAUCAGGUUUUCUUGCUUGUGGAUAUUAUCUGCUGCUGUGCCAUUAUUUUCCCUAUUGUGUGGUCCAUAAGGUCGUUGAGGGAAACUUCGAAAACUGAUGGGAAGGCUUCGAGGAAUUUGGCCAAGUUGACUCUGUUUAGACAAUUCUACAUUGUUGUCAUUGGAUACUUGUAUUUCACCAGAAUAGUGGUGUUUGCUUUGAGGACCAUUGCGGCUUAUAAGUACCAAUGGGUGAGCAAUGCUGCCGAGGAGACCGCGAGUCUUGCGUUUUAUGUUGUCAUGUUCUAUAUGUUUAGACCAUUGGAGAAGAAUGAGUACUUUGUGCUUGAUGAGGAGGAAGAGGAGGCUGCGGAAAUGGCGCUCAAGGAUGAAGACUUUGAGCUUUGAAUUUGAAGACUCCCACUACGUUACGUUACAUUACACCCCUUUAAACCCUUCUUCUACUGUUAGAGAAGACAAGUGUUGUUCACGAGGGAAUACUGCCUCUAUGUUUAGCUGCUGCUUCUUUUGCGGGAUACAAAAAAAGGUUUUCUACUUUUCUUUUUUGUUCAUUUUUUAAGCUAUAUGUCAUUUGAGAAGCUGUACUAGUGAAAUGUUCUUUUAUUGAUCGGUCAUUCAUUCUUCUUUGGAUUUUCUCUGCUUGAGAUUAUGGUGGGGACAGGGCGCUUUACAUUUCUCAAUUCAUUCAUUAGCUUCUUACUUGAUCCAAAAUUAUCAGUCUUAUAAUGUUGCUGUUGUUGCUUUGCUUGACAUUAUACACUUUGUGUGCAUUUGUAUCAUGUUAUGUUGUUAAUAGAAUAUCCUGCAGUUUUUUUCUUUCUAAA